AUGAAGUUCUCUAUCCUCGGCUUGGCCCUCACGGCCCUUGCUCAGCUGUCAAUGGCAGCUCCAGGCCCUCACGCUCUUGUCAAGCGCGCUUCCUCUACUGAGGCUGCCAACGCUGGAUACGCCACUUUGAAUGGAGGCACUACUGGAGGAGCUGCUGCUUCAUCGGUUACCACUGUUUCUACUCUGUCUGCUCUUCAAGCAGCUGCUUCCGGGACUGCAGCAGCUAUUAUUCACAUCACUGGAACCAUCACCGGUAAUGCUGUUGUCAACGUUGGCUCCAACAAGAGUAUUCUUGGAAAGUCUUCCGCCGCAUCUUUGGUCGGUAUUGGUCUUCGUGUCAACGGACAGACAAAUGUCAUUAUCAGGAACUUGAAGAUUUCCAAGGUUCUUGCCGAUACCGGUGAUGCCAUUGGUAUCCAAGACUCCAACAACGUCUGGGUUGACCACUGCGAGCUGUUCUCUGAUAUGGACCAUGACAAAGACUACUACGAUGGUCUCCUUGACAUUACCCACGGCUGUGACUACAUCACUGUCUCAUACUGCUACUUCCACGACCACUGGAAGGCUUCUCUCGUUGGACACUCCGACUCCAAUUCUGCUGAGGACUCUGGCCACUUGACUGUUACCUACAAGCACAACUACUGGAGCAACCUUAACUCGCGUACCCCCUCUUUCCGCUUCGGAACCGGUGAUAUCGUCAACAACUACUUCGUCAACUGCAACGACGGUAUCAAUACUCGCCAGGGUGCGAAGCUCCUUGUCAGAUACAACGUCUUUGAGGAUGUCGAUAGCCCACUGUACUCCACUGAUAGCGGUUACGCCUACGCCGUCGGAAACGACUUUGGUGGCGGAACUAACGAGGCCGUUGCUACAGGUUCAUUCACCAUGCCGUACAGUCUCAGCCCUGGCGGAACUUCCACUUUGAAGGCAUACGUCAUUGCUAACGCUGGUACCACCAUUACCUUUGGUUAA